CGCUCCGUGCGCGGGCGGCGCCCGGCGCUCCCGCGCCUGACGGCGGCUGGGCCGGUCAUGGAGCGGCUGCAGGUGGAGGCGGAGGCCCUGGAAGAGUACGCGGAGUACCGGCGAAUUGUGGGUGAUGAUGAUGGAGGAAAGCUCUUUACUCCUGAGGAAUAUGAGGAGUACAAAAGAAAAGUACUACCAAUUCGAUUACAGAACAGGUUGUAUGUGAGCUGGAGAUCACCAACUGGCAUGGACUGUAAGCUUGUGGGACCAGAGACACUGUGCUUUUGUACUCACCGGUAUAAACAACACAAAACAGACUAUGAAGUGCUUCCCAAAGAGCGUCCUAUUUGUGUGCCUUGCAGAGUGAGAUGCUGUCCAUGCCAGUCCUACCACUAUGUCCCUCUGAAUGGCACCCAGCCCAUCCGCUGUAGAUGCAAACACUUUGCUGACCAGCACAGUGCAGCACCUGGAUUUCCAUGUAACUCUUGUUCCAAGUGUUCAGGCUUUCAUAGUUGCUUUACUUGUGCAUGUGGUCAGCCAACAUAUGCUCAUGAAACAGUUGUGGAAACCAAAGAGGAGCGCUUGGCCCAAGGAAAACCUGUGGGGCAGGAUGUUCCUUAUGCUGCUAUGGGAGGACUGACUGGUUUUAGUUCACUAGCAGAAGGCUACAUGAGACUUGAUGACAGUGGAAUAGGUGCUCCUUCUGCUGAACUUUUAGAAGCCCCUGUUACCAGCAUGGAUCAUCCAUUUCUAAAAGCAUUUCAGGGGCCUUCUAGUUCUGCUCAAACCAUCUCACAGAGAGCAGGUAGUUCAAGUGCCACAGGGCAAAUUUCUCAUGGAAAACCUUCAGAAGAAGAUGACAUGGCUUACUUUGAAAAACGUUAUCAAGAACGGCUGAAAAUGGAGAAAGCUGCUAAACGGAGAGGGAAAAGUCCAGUGCCAUCAAAGAAGCCAUGAGAUUAAUAAAUAAACAAAUAAAUAUUUAUUAUUUGGCACACUGCUCAGAUUGCAUUGAGUAUUUUUCUCUGUGCCUACCUGCAUACUUCUGUUUAUUAAUUUAUUUAUUCUGUUGUUUUGUUAUUUUGCUGAAAUUAAUUUUUAAUUAUCUUGUUAUAAUAAAAUUGGUUCUUUAAUCAAUGUGUUUCUAAUCUCCAGAACUGUUACACAGAUAUUUAUUUGAGAAUGGAAAAUCAUAUUUAGAGAGUUGCAGAACUGUUAUUUAAGGUCUGCGAGAAUAACCAUAUAUUUAAAUAUUAGGUUGUCAGAGGGCAAAAAAAAUAUGUCUUACUCUUAGACUUCUGUGACACAUUUCCUUUAUUUGUAGAGUCCUUUGAACUCAUCUUGUUCAUGGAUUUUUACUUGGUGAGAUUUGUUCUGUUAAUAUUGACAUUUUAAUAUUUCCUUUAAUUUUUUUUCCUUUCUGUUGGCUUCAUCUCCUUUACAUAAAAUUCAAACAUACCGUUAUUCUGUCACACUUCUCUAGGCUCUGUUCUUGCCAUCAUAUAAAUCUUUUUUACGUGUGGCAUUCUGUACUCUUGUAAAUCCAUUUCCACACUUAUGAGCUACUUGAAGGGAUCUUGCUUGUAUACUUUAUCCCAGAUUUCUCUGGUGGUACCAGUCUCCCAGUUUUGCUUGUCUGUUACUGUCCAUAACAACUAUUACACUAAACUGAAAACAUUAAGUGUAAAUGGAUUUGUUAUUUAUUACAUGUAAAUAAAUAAUUGUAUUGUGUUUGAUACAAUUUAUUUAUCCAGCAGAUUCAUUAUGUCUAAUCCAACACAGACUGAGGAGAUGUGCUUUUGCAUUCUUUGUCCAUAUGCACAGCUGUGGCAGCAUAUGUUGUAUUAAAGGUAGCGGACAGGAAAAUAUAAAAUUUGGUGACUUUGUGUGGUAGAUUAAUUCUGUGAAGCAGCACAGCAAGAACUUGGUAUGGAAUAACUGGCAGAGGGUGCAGCUUAGGACGUAAAAGCAGAGCCUGAGCUAACUUAUUCUCCUUUGAAAAGAGAAAGGUGUAAGUCAGUUAGUCCUUAAAAAUACUUGAAGAUGUCUCUUGGACUGGAGACUUUACGGAUAGUUAUGUGUGUACUGAGACUUUACAGCAAGAAUUGGGAGAAGCUUACAAAGCUUUGUUUCCCAUCGGAGAGAAAGCCUCUAUGUGCCUGAUCGGCAAAGGAAAAGAGGUGAGUUUGAAGGCAUUUAGUGCAGGGCAACUUGCUUUUUUGUUCAGACAGGGAAAGAGAGUUCUUAGGAGUGCAUGUGGGUCAUACAGUGAGUGAUGGAGACAGCUGGAAUCUGAAUGAGAUGGGAGGGGAAGGCUCAACUGCUGAAAUUCAAAGAUUUAAGAGAGCCAUUUGCCUUAAUUCUGACCUUUACAGCCAUUACUGCAGAUGCCAAUCAGACAAGCUAAUCUGUUACUUUAGUUUAAAUGCAUAAUACAUCAAAGCGGCUAAUUAAUGUUAUAAAAGUACCUUUACUGUUAAAUUCUACACAGGUACAUGCUGCUUUAUCCUAAUAAGUGAAAAUACUAAUUUGAGCUCCCUCUUCUGGCCCUGGCAAGCAAUCCGUUCUACGUAUCCUCUGCUUGGUCUUGUAAGUAAAUGGAGAUUUCACAAUGAAAUCACGAGAAAAA